AUGACCUCGACCUGGCGCCCCCUCACCAUCGGCAUCGUGGGCGGCGGCAUCGGCGGCAUGGCCGCCGCGAUCUCGCUCCGCCGAGCCGGCCACGACGUGACGAUUUACGAGCGGCACGAUUUCGUCGGCGAGGUCGGGGCGUCGAUAUCGUGCGCGGCGAACGGGACGCGGUGGCUACACGAGUGGGGGGUGGACAUCGCGAAGGGGGACCCGGUUGUUCUACGCAAGCUGAUCAACCGAGACUGGAAGACCGGGGAGCCGGUCAGCGUGUACGAUCUGGGGGAUUAUGAGGAGCGGUGGGGUUACGUGUAUAAUAUGUUUCAUCGGCAGUAUAUGCAUGCCAUGUUGAAGGAGUGUGCGAUGCAGGAGGAGGGAGGGGGGAGGCCGGUGGCGUUGAGGGUGAAUAUGCAGUGCACGGGAAUUGAUCUCGAGACGGGAGUCAUCUCGUUUGCGAACGGGGAGAGUGUACGACACGAUCUGGUCGUCGGGGCCGAUGGCAUUGGUUCGGCGGUCCGGGGCAUCAUUGGCAUUCAUCCGGAGAAGAAGGCGGCGCCGUCGAGCUGUCUGCAUGCGAAUAUUCUGACCGAGGAUGCGGUCCGGCUGGGUCUGGUCGAUUACUCCAAGGACAGUGCGCUGGAGUACUGGGGCGGGCAGGAGGGCAAGUGGGAUAAGAUUGUCCUCUCGCCCUGCAACGGCGGUCGUCUGCUGUCGUACUACUGCUUCUUCCCUCGUGAGAAGGGCGAUUACGCCAACCAGACUUGGGGCGGCGAAGACCGGCCGGUCGAGGAGCUGUUGGCUCCCUAUCCGGAACUGGAUAGCCAGGUUCGCUCGCAUUUGGCUAUCGGCACGGAGAUUCGACCAUGGCGUCUGUGGGUGCAUCAACCGUACCCGUAUAUCGCCAAGAACAUGGUUUGCCUUCUGGGCGAUGCCGGACAUCCGAUGAUGCCCCAUCAGAGCCAGGGUGCCUGUAUGGCAAUCGAAGAUGCCGCAGCCCUGGGUAUCAUUUUCAGCAGAGCGCACUUCAGCGGCGAUGUCGCCGAAGCGCUCUCGGUCUACCAAGAAGUCCGACUUCCCCGGGCCACGAAGGUUCAAGCAGCUUCGGCAAAGGCAGCGUAUAACAUCAACGAGCGUAUUGGCUUCUCCAGCAACACCAACACGGCCACAUACAAGGUCGAGGACGAGAAGAAGAAACUGACGAUUGAGGAGAUGAACUCAUACGACAUGCACAGGGAUGUCGAAGAAGUCGUCGUGACGCGCAGAGGACUGCCCUAUACCGGUAAAUUCGCCAGAGGCCUCCCGAUCGGAUUCAAGCUUUCAAACGGAACGGUUGUUGGAGAGCAAGAGGAUUCCUCUGUAGUUUCUGCUCGCAUCUGA